AUUGAUUCUAACCCCCUGCGAAUGGAUUCCACUGACGACGAUUUCGGUGAGCUAUACGUCGAUGACAAGAAGCCUCACGCCACUGCUUCCUUCGCCGGCGAUGGCGAAGAACCUGAGUGUCCUCCGAUUUCCGGCGAGAACAAGGGUUUCGAAGUGACACUAGAAUCUCAAUCGCGUGGCGAAGCGAAGAAACUCGACGUGACGGUGGAGGAUAACGAUUCGAGUCCGCGUGUCGAUCGUACCGAGGCGAAGGAAGAAUCGGAAUACAGUGACAGUAGUGACGAUGAUGAUUUGAAUAUAGUGUUGAAAGAAGACGAUUCGAAAGCUCUUCCUGUUUAUAAUCAGAAUCGGAGUAGUGGAAGCUGGUGUACAAUGCCAAAUAGUGGGAUGGUUAAUGGAAGUAUGGGAAUGGAAGUUAUGAAUCCGUCUCUAGGAAUGAUGAUGCCUCAGUGUGGGUAUAAUUUUUCACAUACUUGGUCAAGGACGAGUUUUGAUGCAAAUUUCAAUGGGUUUGAGAAGAAGCCGUGGAGGAAUCCUGGUGUGGAUGUCAAUGACUUCUUUAAUUUUGGGUUUAAUGAGCAAAGCUGGAAAGAUUAUUGUAACCCGUUGGUAAAAGGAAGAGCAAUUGAGGUUGAAUGUGGAACUCAUGGACGCACACCGUCUGUAGAAUUGCGUCAUCCACGUGGUUUUGACUCUGACGUGGUGAUACAGAUUCCAGUGACUGAUGAUGUUGAGGAGCUAUCAAGCAUGGCACCUGUGGAAGCAAGGUCUCUCAGCAAAACAUCAAAUAAAGCAUCUAGAAGUGAGGAGUUUCAUUCGGAUGUUGGAGAAGAUUUGCAUUCAUCUGGGGAUUCGAGAAAACAAGAGGUUUCUGUUGGGCGUGAAGACGAAAACAGUGGAAGUUUCAGAGGCGAGCAAUCUCCUCCAAAAGGAAAUUGCUGCAGCAGGGAAGUAACACCUUGUGAUAAGGAAAUUACUGAAGAGGAGAGAGAGACUUGUUGGAGUUCUGAUAAGGCGGAUUCAUCCUCAGUGGAAAGGGAAGCUUCUCUUAGAGACCACUUUCGUUGUAGCCCUACUUCUUCAUAUUCUGUUGGUAAAACUGAGGAAUCCGAAGAUUCCGGAACAGAAUCAUCAAAAGGCGGUGCUACUGAUGACCAAAGUGAAGCCAGUACCCCACCACGAAGAACAAGAUUUGCGGAACAUGAAGCAAACAGUACCAAAAGUGGGGAGAGUAGUAGUUCAGAGCAUUCUAGACACAGAAGAUCCCACGAAGACUCACGCAAAAGGCAUUAUGGGAGAGUUGACUAUGGUGUACAUAGGAGAACAAGGCAUGCAGAUGCAUCGCCUACACCAGAUCCAGAUCUUGGCAAGAGAGUGUAUUCUGGACGUAGAAGUUUGGAUCGUGGUUGGAGCAAAAACUGGCAGAACGGACCACGGUUUACAUUAGAAAAGGUUGAGACUGAAGGUAGAGGCUUUCCGCAUUCAAAUAGAGAAAAACGUCAUGGUCGUUCAUAUUCACCUGUGGAUCUUGAUCGAGAUAGAGAGCGAAGGUUAGGGUGGCGCAACAACAAAGAACCAUCACAUGGCCGGAGCUUUGAUCCUUCUAAUGGUCACAAGUAUGAAGAGGGUCGUAAAGGUUAUACCUCAGGCUCAUCCUGCAAUCUUAACCAGAGAAAUUCUCGAUUGAGUUUUAACAAAGAGGAGGAUAGAUACGGUAGGCAACAUUGUGAAAGAAGAUAUGGCCGUGAAAGAAGUCCUACCCUAGCCUAUGAAAGAAACAAAGAGGAUAGAUAUGGUAGGCAACACUGUGAAAGAAAAUAUAGCCGUGAAAGAAGUCCUGGUUUAGCCUAUGAAGGCAACAAAGAAAGAAAUCGAUAUGAUGGGGUUGGAGAACCUUAUUAUCAGGACCGUAUUCCAAUAACUAACAUGGAAUAUAGGUACCGGUUUGAGUACUCUACUACAUAUGGAAGACCUAACCCCAAUCAAAGUCGCGAGGAUGAUCUUCACUUUACAAGAAGGUGUGACUACAAUUAUGAUGUUCCUCGUGGUAGAUAUGAAGAUGAAGUUCACAGGGCAGAAAGUGGAAUUCCAUUUGAUCUGGCUUACAGGGAGAUGCAUUCUUUUGCUGAAGUGGGAAGGAGAGAAUUUGAAAGGUAUGAAGAUGAAUUCUCUGAAAUAGAAAGAAGACACCAUUACACACCUGGAUGGCAUCAUGAUAGAUUUGUCUCAGAGAAUGAUGGUCAUAAGUACAGAAUCCAAGAUGAUUGGCCCUCGCGGUCUUUACCAUUCAGAGAUUCUUGGCAGACAAAAGGAUCGAGAGGUGAUUCUUGGAGAGAUUAUACCAGAGACUUCACAACAAGGGAAGCAUAUGACAGGCAGAAUAAUCAGUUGUAUAAGGAUGCACCAAGAGAUGGUUGGACUAGGAAUCUUGUUCAUAGCGAUAACGUGAGCAUACAAGACAGGCUAAGGUAUGAUGAUGAUGAUUGGGUUCGUCGUGAUAGAAGGAGAUAUCAGUUCGGAGAUGACAUUCAAUGUUCUGAGCAUCCAUCAUAUACUGAUGAGAUGUUACUCCCUGACAUGAGAGUGUCAACACAUGAUCAAAUCUCUAUCAAGCAAAGACCUGGAUAUCUUAAGAGCCACCAUGUUCAUGAAACUGAUGAAAGGCAUCACAGAUCCAAAAAGCUGAGAAGAGGUGUGCAUGGUUUCAUCAAGUGUCAGGAUCCAGUUGACUUAACUGGUAGACAAGGGAAGGUCUCUAACCAAUCAAGAAGAAGAUUCCCCAAAGGUGGAGAUACAACAACAGAACAGGAAGACCGUCAGAAACCAAGAAAUGUAAUGGGCAAAAGAAACGAGAAAGCUGUUGUGCAGAUUCAAGGUUUGAAUGAGAAAGAGGACGGUGAGAUCAUACAAGAAGAAGAAGAGAAGAAGGUGACAAGGAUUGUAAUAGAUGAGGAACAGAUACAAGAGAGCAUUAAGAAGAUGGAGAAACGAAGAGAGAGGUUCAAGGAAACGGCAUUGGUAGCAGCAGCCAAAUUUCAUUCUCAAACCGAACAGGAAGCCCAAACCGAUGUUACCAAUCAAAUGAGACCGGUUAGGAAGAGGCGAUGGUGUGCAAGCUAGCAAACUAUCAAAUUGGUUUGGCUAAUUCUAAAUCAAAUAUAACUACGGUUUAUGGUUGGCGAUACCCCCAAAAACAUCAAAUAAAGUAGCUUUUGGUCUGAUAAGUCGCAAAACCGAACAAUUGACUCUGACUUGGAUUUCAAGUUAUUUUGCAUUUUCUUUUGUUUUAACUUAAGGCUUAGUUUGACUCAGUGACAAAAAAC